UGGCCUUUCCGGGCACCCGUCGCUCCAAUAUGGCUGCCCCCAGGGCAGGCGAGGGCCGCCGGCAAAGUGCAGACCCCAAAUCCCUCCCCGCAUGGAGCGCCGCGCGGAGUUCAGCAGGUGGAAGGCGCAGUGUCUGAGAAAAGCGGACCUCAGCCGGAAGGGCAGCGUGGACGAGGAUGUGGCCGAGCUCGUGCAGCUCCUGAAUGGGCGAGAACAGUUUUUUACCACCAGCUCCUGCGCGGGGCGCAUCCUCCUCCUGGAUGCGAAUAUAAAUGGCUUUGAGGUUCAGAAACAAAACUGUUGCUGGCUCCUAGUUACACACAAGCCUUGUGUAAAAGAUGAUGUGAUUGCAGUUCUGAAAAAAGCGAAUGGUGAUGCCACUUUGAAAUUCGAACCCCUUAUUCUUCAUGUGCAGUGUCGAGAGUUGCAGGAUGCACAGAUUCUGCAUUCAGUGGCAAUAGAUUCUGGUUUCAGGAACUCUGGCAUAACAGUGGGAAAGAGAGGAAAGACUAUGUUGGCUGUCCGGAGCACACAUGGCUUAGAAGUUCCAUUAAGCCAUAAGGGAAAACUGAUGGUGACAGAGGAAUAUAUUGACUUCCUAUUAGAGAUAGCAAAUCAAAAAAUGGAGGAAAACAAGAAGAGAAUUGAAAGGUUUUACAACUGCCUACAACAUGCUUUGGAAAGAGAAAGUAUUACUGACUUAAAUCCCAAAGAGAAAAUCAUCAAGAAAAGUAAUUCAUAUUCUCAUAAGAAAAAAAGAAACCGAGAAAAAGCAGAUGGCAAAUGUGUUACUGAAGACAAUGAUAAAGAACUUGAAAAUGAUGAUGAUCCUGGAGUCAAUGUAACUAUCUUCCCUGAAGAUUACUGAGAUUUGGUUCUACAGUGUCUUUGGUGGAAUAAUGUUUCUAAUAAUUAUUACAAAGCUGCUCUUUAUAAGAGUAUUUUAGUUUAUUGAGUGUAUCAGACAUUCAGAAAAGCAAAAUUUAAUUUUUCUCUAUAUUUUAGAGACACCUAUCUUAUAAACAUAGAUGCCUUUUUAAAAUAGCUAUGUAUAGUAUUUGUUCAUUAAGUACCAUCUUUUAAAUCACUGAAAUUCAUUACAAUAAUAAAAUUAUGAUUGUUAAUACAUCUCCUCUUUUAAGUUUUAAUUUCUACUUCUGUAAAACAACUAUCAUACCCUUUCAAGAGAACCUGAACAUUUGGAAUAUUUGAAUAAAAAUUAUAGCAAUGUUUAACUUAUUUUUAACAUUUAUUACACCUCAGAAUCAUCUGUAGAUUAUGAAAAAAUACAGAAAGGAACUGAGAAUCUCCAGGGACAGUUGGCAUGUGUAUUUUUUUUAAAGCUCUCAAGUGCUUUAAUUGUCAACUACAGGCUGACAACCCCGUGAGCAUUCCCAGCUUUCUGUUCAAGCCAUCUCAUCCAUUCCAUCAGCCUUCACUUCUCUAGCACUCCCAGCUCUCCUGCCUGCCCAGACUCUUAUGCCCGGCUAACUGCUGAGCCCCUUCAGUAGAGCUGUUACUUGAUGGAAGUUUUUGUUCCUUUCCUGGUUCUUUGGCUAGAGAGAGCAGGCCUUUAUUGACUUUUUCUUCUUUUUUCUGAGCCCAUUGGCAUUUCUGGUUGCUGGCUUUUCCAGUGCUGGGGGUAUGCAAGGCAAAAGGAAAACCCAGUGAACUCACUCUGUUGCUCUUCAGGUCCUGUGAACUCCAGCUGGUCCUCCCUCUCCAGCUUUUAGAGUCAUCUUCAUGACACUUAGUGGAAAGAACAGGAAAAAGUAUAUAUACACCAUCUUCCCAGAAUCAGAAGUCUAUGUUAAAUUACUGCUAGUAUCAUGUCAGGUUAUGGUUGAGGACUCUGGUACCCAGCCACAUAGCCACAGAUUCCUUUAUUCAAUGCUGCUCCCAUCUCCCAGCUGGCCUGCUUGGCUGCUCUGGCUUUAGGCUGCUGGAGCCUCCACCCUAAAACAGAAGGAAGUGCCUAGAAGUCUGUUUGCUGUCCCCCUGCCCUGACACCCACCACCGCACAGCCAAUAAUGACAAAGGCUGCACAUGGUGACUUCAUUGCCUAGAAAGGGGAUGAACUUGGAUGUGCAAUUGCCAUCUGAGCUUCGAGUGGCAUCAGGCUGAGGCUGGGACUUCACCCGAAUCCUAUCACAUGUUUUCUACUCCCUGAUUCACUUCUGGGAGCUCCUGAUUAAUCCAUCACUUGCAGUGGUGUCUUCUGGAA